AUGUCCUUCGCUAAUCAUGGCAAAAUGCCAGGUCCUACUAUUUUUGUGCUACUAAUGCUAUUUAUUUGCACUCAACUUACAACUGCCUUUCCUGUUUUAAAUGCUCUACCAAAAAGACAGAUCGUCACUAGAGUGCACACGGCGAGUACGACAAACACUGUUACGGAUGUAUACUCAACCACCACAGAGGUCGUUGUCGCUCCAACAGUCGAGUUUAUUAUAAGUGGAGACGUGACCAUGACAACAACACUUCCCCUUGCUGAUGGAUCUGUCCCAACUGUUGCACCAUCUGCAACCAUUACUGUGCAAUUAGCGGCUGCCUCUGUUGGUAACAAUCCUGCGGCCACCACCUCCUCCCAAUGCGAGACUACAAUUACAUAUGGUGGCUCAAGUGCAAUUUUAACUAAAACUGUUAGUGCUAUUCCUACAAAUGUAGUUGAGACUACAAAUACAGUGUCCAACACCUACAACAGCGGUUCCAACUCAGUGAGUUCUAGUGCCAAUCCAUCAGCAAACGGAAAUGAUGCUGCAACUUCCACCACUUCUGCUGCUGCUCAAGGAUCGCAAGGCACUACCACCUACUCAUCUUCUGAAGUUACAGAGACAGAGCCUACAGCUAACACUGAAACAUCUUCAAAUACUAACGUUGCGUUUACCGCUGCUGAUUCUACGACUCAAGCAACAUCUAGCCCUGAAAUUUCUUCAACAGCUUCGAGUGCCACAUCGGCUUCAUCAACAUCCCAAGCAAGUACUGCUCUAUCCUCAGGAGUCUCAACUACUGCUACCAAAAGUAGUGGGAGUAUAUCAGGCUCUCCUACUGCGUUAGUAUAUUCGCCAUACAACAAUGACAAUUCAUGUAAAGGAUCAUCAGAUGUCUACAGUGAUCUACAGUUCAUUCAAUCAAAAGGUGUUUCCAAAAUACGGAUCUAUGGCACGGACUGCAACUCUUUGGAAACUGUUCUUUCAGCGGCAAAAGACUUGGGCUUGAAAGUUAACCAGGGGUUGUGGAUUGGCUCUUCUGGAGUUGAUUCAAUUGAUGAUUCUGUUUCAGACUUGGUGAAUUACGGCCAGAGCAAUGGCUGGGAUGUUUUCGAUUUUAUUACAAUUGGUAACGAAGCAGUUCUCUCAGGUUAUUGCACAGUCGACGAACUGAUCAGUAAAAUCUCCACCGUGAGACAGACUAUUGAAGCAGCUGGUUACUCUGGGAAGUUUACCACCAGUGAAGCACCUGUGACCUUUGAAAACUACCCAUCCCUAUGUACAGAAGCUGAUAUCGAUUUUGUGGGAAUUAAUACUCAUGCUUACUUCGAUGAAAAUUCAUCUGCCGAUACUGCUGGUUCUUUCGUGGUGGGGCAACAAGCACUAAUAAAAAAAGUCUGUGGAACUUCGAAUGUUGUAAUUACUGAAACAGGAUACCCUUCAAGCGGUGUACAAAAUGGUGGUAACAUCCCAUCUCCUGAAAAUCAGGUCAUUGCAGUACAAGACAUUCUUGAUGAGACUGGAGAACAGGUGACAAUCUUAUCAACUUUCAAUGAUUAUUGGAAGCAACCGGGUACGUAUGGUAUCGAACAAUAUUUUGGCAUUGGCGAUGACUUAUCAACUGUGUGA